CAAAGUCUUGAGUCAGUCUCCUUAAGGUUCUCUUCUCCGUUAGGGUGUGGAAUGGCUGUCCUGUGGAGGAUCCAGGAGCCCCAGCUACCGACGUGGCCACUCUGGCCCCGAGACGCUGGGGCUGAGACAGGAUUGGGGGUGGGGUGCCGUUCGCUGGUGGUAAAGCGGCGGCAGCCACGGGAGCCAUGGUCACCCAGGCGUCUCGGCGUGGGGGAGUGUCCUGCUGCCCUGCCUCCCACCGGACAGGCCCAACGAGGAGGCCUGGGGUCAGCAACGGAAGAGAAUCAAUCUCCCGAGGGCAUCCGGACCCCUUGGCCCAACGGCACAUAGCAAGGCCGAUGCUCCGGGCAGGGGUUGGGUGACGCUAUCGUCCGAAGGGAGAGAGGUCUGUGAGCACCGCUUCUGAAUAAAGGAGGCUCCCCAUCCCUCCCUCGGACUGUCACUGACUUCACUGGGGGAAGGGGUGGGGCCACAUCCUAAAAAGCAGAUGCCCCAACUUUGAGGGGACAACUAGUGUUCCCGAGGAUAGGAGGGUAAAAAGUAGAUGGGGGAUCAGUACUCGCCUCUCUCCUCAGGUUCCGGCUCUGAUUUUGGCUCUGUGGCUGCCACCCGCUCAUCUUCAACAUGAUACGCUCUGUGUCUUAGACUCAAGCCUCUGACCCUGGUAGCUUCGAGCACUAAUCUUUUAAUAAGGCCUUGCCCUCCUCUCAGGGGCGGGUCCGGAAGCUUACCAAUCAGAACGCGGCACGCCGGCGCUGGCCCCGCCUCAUCCUUUACAUCCGCCACUCAGAAGCCCCCGGGGCACCGCCCCCAUCGCUCCCUCCCGCUUGGAGGUAGACGUUGUGUUGGACCCGGAAGUGGCUUUGGGUCACGAGGCUUCGCGGAGGAGGUGUGGGCUAAGCCGGAGGCCCCGGCUUUAGACUGGACCCCACAAUGUUUGCAGAGAUGUUCAGGCACGUGGGAGCUGAUUACACACAAUGAAUGGGGGCAAUGAGAGCAGUGGAGCAGACAGAGCUGGGGGCCCUGUGGCCACAUCUGUCCCCAUCGGCUGGCAGCGCUGUGUUCGAGAGGGUGCUGUGCUCUAUAUCAGCCCAAGUGGCACAGAGCUGUCUUCCUUGGAGCAAACCCGGAGCUACCUCCUCAGCGAUGGGACCUGCAAGUGCGGUCUGGAGUGUCCACUCAAUGUCCCCAAGGUUUUCAACUUUGACCCUUUGGCCCCGGUGACCCCGGGUGGGGCUGGGGUGGGGCCCGCAUCAGAGGAGGACAUGACCAAGCUGUGCAACCACCGGCGGAAAGCCGUUGCCAUGGCAACUCUGUACCGCAGCAUGGAGACCACCUGCUCACACUCUUCUCCUGGAGAGGGAGCGAGCCCCCAAAUGUUCCACACUGUGUCCCCAGGGCCCCCCUCUGCCCGCCCUUCCUGUCGAGUCCCUCCUCUAGCUCCACUGAAUGGGGGUCCUGGCUCCCUUCCCCCAGAACCACCCUCAGUUCCACAGGCCUUCCCCCCUCUAGCAGGCCCUGGGGGGCUCUUCCCACCACCAAGGCUUCCUGACCCAGUCCCCUCUGGAGGCAGCAGCAGUCCCUGCUUCCUCCCAAGGGGCAAUGCCCCCUCUCCAGCCCCACCUCCUCCACCCGCUAUCAGCCUCAAUGCUCCCUCCUACAACUGGGGAGCCGCCCUCCGCUCCAACCUGGUGCCCCCUGACCUGGGCUCUUCUCCAGCCCCCCAUGCCUCCUCCUCACCACCUUCAGACCCUUCUCUCUUCCACUGUAGUGAUGCCUUAACGCCCCCUCCUCUGCCCCCAAGCAAUAAUCUCCCUGGUCCCCCUGGCCCCCCUGGUCCUGCCACUCAGCCACCAGUGUCUUCAGCCACUAUGCACCUGCCCCUGGUCUUGGGACCCCUAGGAGGGGCCCCCACGGUGGAGGGGCCCGGGGCACCCCCCUUCCUUGCUAGCAGCCUACUCUCUGCAGCAGCCAAGGCACAGCAUCCCCCGCUCCCCCCUCCCAGCACUUUACAGGGCCGAAGGCCCCGUGCCCAGACACCCUCAGCUUCCCACUCCUCAUCACCCCGUCCCUCUCAGCGUCGUCCCCCCCGCAGACCCCCAACUGUACUGCGAUUGCUAGAAGGGGGAGGCCCUCAAGCCCCUAGACGGAGCCAUCCUCGGGCCCCUGCUCCCAUCCCCCAACCUUUUCCCCUCCCUGAGCCAUCCCAACCAAUUCUCCCUUCUGUGCUGUCCCUGCUGGGACUCCCCACCCCUGGCCCUUCCCACUCUGAUGGAAGCUUUAACCUUUUGGGGUCAGAUGCACACCUUCCUCCUCCCCCAACCCUCUCCUCAGGGAGCCCUCCCCAGCCUAGGCACGCUGUCCCGCCCUCUCUGCCUGGGACCGCCAGUGGCAGCCUCAGCAGUGUGCCAGGUGCCCCUGCCCCACCAGCUGCCUCCAAAGCCCCCCUGGUCCCCAGCCCUGUGCUUCAAAGCCCAUCUGAAGGGCUCGGGAUGGGGGCGGGCCCAGCCUGCCCUCUGCCUCCCCUGGCUGGUGGGGAGGCUUUCCCUUUCCCUAGUCCUGAGCAGGGCCUGGCACUGAGUGGAGCCGGCUUCCCGGGGAUGCUAGGGGCCUUGCCUCUCCCUCUGAGUCUGGGACAGCCUCCACCUUCUCCAUUGCUCAGCCACAGUUUAUUUGGCGUGCUGGCUGGGGGAGGGGGACAACCUCCCCCUGAGCCCCUGUUGCCCCCACCGGGGGGACCUGGCCCUCCCCUGGCCCCAGGCGAGCCUGAAGGGCCUUCGCUUUUGGUGGCUUCCCUGCUUCCACCACCCCCCUCAGACCUUCUUCCACCCCCUUCUGCACCUCCUAGCAACCUCCUUGCCUCUUUCCUGCCCCUGUUGGCCCUGGGCCCCACAGCUGGGGAUGGGGAGGGAUCUGCAGAGGGAGCUGGGGGUCCAAGUGGGGAGACAUUUUCAGGUUUGGGAGACCUGCCCCCCCUACUGUUCCCCCCACUUUCAGCCCCCCCCACCCUCAUAGCUUUAAAUUCUGCGCUGCUGGCUGCCAGCCUGGAUCCCCCCUCGGGGACACCCCCCCAGCCCUGUGUCCUGAGUGCCCCCCAACCUGGACCACCUACCUCCAGUGUCACCACGGCAACUACUGACCCGGGGGCCUCCUCUCUGGGCAAGGCCCCCUCCAACUCAGGGAGACCCCCCCAACUCCUUAGCCCUCUGCUGAGUGCCAGCCUGCUGGGUGAUCUGUCUUCGCUGACCAGCAGCCCUGGAACCCUCCCCAGCCUGUUGCAGCCUCCUGGUCCUCUUCUCUCUGGCCAGUUGGGGCUGCAGCUCCUCCCUGGGGGGGGAGCUCCUCCACCCCUCUCAGAGGCUUCUAGUCCCCUAGCCUGCCUGCUACAGAGUCUCCAGAUUCCUCCAGAGCAGCCAGAAGCCCCUUGUCUGCCCCCUCAGAGCCCCACCUCAGCCCUGGAACCGGAGCCUGCCCGGCCUCCCCUCAGUGCCUUAGCCCCACCCCACAGUUCUCCCGACCCCCCAGUCCCUGAGCUGCUCACUGGGAGGGGGUCAGGGAAACGGGGCCGGAGGGGAGGAGGGGGACUUAGGGGCAUUAAUGGUGAGGCCAGGCCAGGCCGGGGCCGAAAGCCUGGCAGCCGGCGGGAGCCUGGCCGACUGGCCCUCAAGUGGGGGGCACGUGGUGGCUUCAAUGGACAAAUGGAACGGUCCCCAAGAAGGGCCCACCACUGGCAGCAUAAUGGGGAGCUGGCUGAAGGGGGUGUUGAGCCCAAGGAUCCAUCCCCUCCUGGACCCCAUUCUGAGGACCUUAAGUCCGUGUUUUCCCAGGUGCCCCCAGGGGUAGUCAGAAAGUCUCGUCGUGGCCGGAGGAGAAAAUACAACCCUGCCCGAAACAGCAACAGCUCCCGCCAGGACGUUACCUUGGACCCCAGCCCUACAACCCGCGCGGCUGUCCCUCUGCCUCCCCGGGCCCGCCCUGGCCGUCCUGCCAAAAACAAGAGGAGGAAACUGGCCCCUUAGCAGCCAUACCUGGAGCUGGAUCUGACCCUGAUCGGGGAGAGCUGAGUGCUGAGCCUUGGGAGCCCCUGCCAGCCACCUGCACCUGUGGACAGUGGGUGGGGGCACUACUCCCCACUCAGAGCACAAAUGCAAGCCCUUCCCCUACAAUCCCAUCCUGAGCCAUUGCAGGGGGUAGGGAAGCUCACCCCCUCCCCCCCAAAGCCAUGUCACUGAAAAGGCCUGGGGGGGUGGUAUAUGGCCCUCUCCCCACCAGGCUAAGGGGAACACCCCCUUCCCCAGGUCUUUUAUUUGUUUAAGUUAUUUUUGCACAAAUGACUCUUUUAUAUUUAAUUCGACUUCAUUGCCUCCCUUCUUGAAGCCAGCAGGCUCAGUUUACAAACCUGUGAGCUACUGUUGGCUGCUGCCCUCCUUCCCAGUGAAAGGUACAAAGCAAUAAGCAUCAUGCAUUCCCCCUUGACCCCUCCAACACCCCUCUGCCUCUGGCUCAGGUUGCUCAAAGCACAGAUCCCCUCUUACCCCGUCCCCAGGUUUGAAACACAUAGCCUCAUUUCAAGGUGUAGCCAGCUUCCCUCUACUUUCCUCUGGGAUCUAAAAGGGGGUAAGGGGGCACAGAGAGCCCGCUGGGCCUCUCCUCCCACACACACUACACUGCCCCUUCUCCCCCAUCGAAACGCUCAGAGACGUUGUGAUGAUGCGACUGAGGAUUAUGCAACGUGGUCCAACCGGAGCGGCCAGCACGACCCGCUGUCCAGGGGCUGCCUCCUGCCUUUUCUUUUGUAAAGACAAGACCCUUGGGAGUUUUAAUUCUGUUUUGUACUUGCCCUGUGGGGCCUCCACUGCUUUUCUAUGGGAGACACUCUUAAUUUAACAGAUGAGAAUAUUUUGAAACUCUG